AUGUCGAGCUCACAGCUUAACCUGCCCAUGCGACCACCAUCCUCAAACAGCACAACACCUCCCGCCGCGACCUUCAAUGCCUCCGCCGCAGCACGCAUGUUCGCGCUCCCCGAACUGCUCGAACUCGUCCUCUCGAACCUCGGCACGAAAGAUCUGCUCUUGUCGCAACGCACAUGCCGCAGUUUUCGCGAUACAAUAGAAGGAAGCAUACGAUUGAAGCGCAAGCUAUUUCUGGAGCCAGACUGGAAUCUAGAAGGACGAGUUUUCGAUGCAUACAGUAAAGCCAAUCGGCCAGGUCGAAAGCCGGAGAAUAAUAGUCUUCUGCUUCGCGCGUUCCCAGGCUGUUACCCUACUAUUACUCUGGUCAUUGUGAGCGAUGGCGCGGAUGGGGGCCAGACGACCCUGUCUCCCAGUUCUGCGGGGAAAGGAAGGCGAGGUAGCGAGCACUGGUCCUGGGAUGUGUGUAUUUCCUUCCCCGCAGAUCGCAAACCACAUCGCUCGCCAGCAGUCGACUAUCCCGAAGCAAGCUGGCGCAGGAUGUACCUCAGCCAGCCGCCUUGCCAGAGCUUAUUCCUCGUCCGUCGAUGGCAGCGCAGUAUCAGGCCCGCAAUGGUGAGAGAGGCCGGCAUCACCAUGGGCGACUUCUUCGACGAGGCCACUGCUGAAGAGCCCGGCUGCAAUGAUCGAAAGUGGCAUGAAAGUUAUAUCUCGAGUGAUGAGGAUUGGCAUUUCGAGGGCAACAUCCGAUGCUCGAGCGUGGAAGAUGCAGCGUAA